UCGAUAUCUGUUUCGCCUUAUUGUCACUUAAAGAUAAAAUCAACUUCGAGUGGUACAAGAUCUUGCCAGUGAUCAGUUUUGAGACAGAUUUUCCAAAUUCUAAAUAAAAUACCGUGAUUUUUAAAGUGUUGUGAAGCUCACUGAAGUACUAAUACGUUCUGAUAUUGACCGACAAAGCAGUGUAUACCGUGUGGAAGCCCUGAAUAAAUUUUUUCCAGUUGCCACCAUUGGAGAGUGAAAAGAAGAAAUAUAUCAGUCUUAAUCUACUUCAUUAGCAAUAACCUUCAAGUUGACCUCAAUUUCUAGAGAUAAUUCCUUGCUAAUAAUAUUGUUACUGAAAUACUUUACGGAUUUGAUCGAUAAAUUGGUCGGACAAGCAGAAUCAGUAUCGAAAAACUUUACGGUUUAUCUUACGACUUCAGUAUUGCAUAGAAGCUUACUGAAGUCUCAUUACUUUUUAUCCAUACACAAUAGUUCUCAUAUGCGUGUAUGUGACUGGCUUUAAUAAGUUAAACAAAUCAAAAGUCUUCUUCCAAACCGCAUAUCGUGACCGAACUAAUCACCCGAAAACAUAUAUAAUCGUUGGUAAAUUGACCGGUAAACCCAAGCUGUUCAUAAUUUAAAAUAACAGGACAACUAUCUCAAUAAUGGGUGGAAUAUUUAAGAAUGGAAUCCUAUUCUGGAAAAACUUCUCAGUUGAUUUGAAUGAUCCUACAUACAAGUCAGAUAUGGAUCUUGUGGAGUGUGGUUCAGGAAAACUUCAUGCAUCUAUUGAUAAGCUACCAUCAUCUCAACAAGAACUGAAAACACAUUCUACUAAUGAACAAAAAGCUGAAUUAUCAACGUUUAAUUCCCCAAUCGGAGUGCUACUUUCUUGUUUGGGUUGUGUUAUAGGGACAGGUAAUAUAUGGCGAUUUCCACGAAUUAUUGCCACAGCCAGUUAUUCUCAAGGAAGUCUAACAUUUCUGAUUGCUUGGGCAAUGUCAUUAUUUGUAUGGUCACUACCAUUAAGUAUUGUUGAAUAUACACUGGGCCGAUAUACUCGAACAUCUCCACUUGGUGCAUUUCACAGAUUUUUGGGCAAUAAAUUGGUAUGGUUAGGAGGAUGGAUUGUGGCUGUAACUUAUAUGAUCACUGCCUACUUUUCAGUCAUUGUUGGUUGGUGUUUAUAUUAUUUUUAUAAAUCUUGCGCAUUGCCAAGUUUGCCGAGAGAUGUAGAAACAAGUAUUAAAAUAUUUAAUGAAUUUGCACAGGAAUCUUACUGGCCUGUAUUAACGCACACAUUAUCUGUUGUUAUUGUUGGUGGAUGUAUAUUUGGUGGUAUAAAAUGGAUUGAAAAAGCUAAUAUGGUAUUAGUACCUAUGUUAUUAGGUAUAUUGGCUUUCACAUUUGGAUGGUCAUUAACGAGACAAUAUUCAGAAGUUGGCAUUACAUUUUUAUUUACUCCAUACUGGGGUAGCAUGUUUACUCCCAGUUUGUGGGUUGCUGCUGCUAGUCAAAAUGCUUUCGAUACGGGUGCAGCUAUGGCUUUAUUCAUUUCCUAUUCAUCAUACUUUAAUCGGAAAAAUGGUGCUGUACGCCUCGGCACCAUGAUUCCGAUGUGUAAUAAUAUGGUCAGUUUACUCUGUGCGCUAACAAUCUUCUCAACUGUGUUUUCAACUUUAAUACAAACAUCACCAACAUUAACACGUUCUGGAAUCUUGAAAAUAAUGCAAUCGAACGGACCUGGUAGCACAGGUCUCACAUUUACCUGGAUCCCUGUCCUAUUCGCUUAUGUUGGUGGUCUUGGAAGAGUUCUAUGCUCAUUGUUCUUUUUAUGUCUUUCCUUCGCUGGGAUUACUUCAUUACUUGGACAUGUUCAAUUGACAGUUGUAACAGCAAAGGACUUGGGUUUAAGUCAUAGACAAGCGGCAUUUGCUGGUUUAUUCCUCACUCUUGCAUUCGGUAUGCCUUCUGCAAUUAGCAUAAAUGUACUCACAAAUCAGGACAAUGUUUGGGGUUUUGCACUUAUGCUAUCUGGUUUAGCUAUGGCUGGUCUAAUAUUAAUUUAUGGUCCGAUGAAAUAUAGAAAAGUUAUUGUAAAUGAUUUUGGGAUCGGUGAUUGGAAACUACCAAUUGUUUGGAUCUUUAUGAUAAGUGUUUUAGUGCCUUUGUCUGGAACUGGAUUGAUUAUUUGGUGGGCAUAUGAUUUGAUAAAAUCUAAUCCAGAAUGGUAUCGUCUUACUUUGGAUUCAAUGACUACUACAUUACUUGAAUGGCUUAUUGUUUUUCUCAUUUUAAUAACUGCAAACGCUAUAGCAGUUUGGCGAAAUAUUGAUUUCUUUCGUAAAGGUAAACAAAGCGGUUACGAUCCUCAUAAUCCAGAUUAUAUACCAAAAGAUGAAUUGCAGUCACUUGACGAUUUCUUUAUUGUAUCCUCGGAUAGUGUAAAUAUAAAUCGACAUCAAAUACAAACAAAUUUGUAAUUAAUAUGUUUAUGUAUUAACUUAUAAAUCUAUUGAAUUAACACAGUCUAAUUAUAUCAUAACAUGUUAUACAGACAUAUAUACCUUAUUUUAAAUAAAAUGAAGCACUUUUUUACCA